CAGGCUACAGACAUGUAUGUUUGCUUCAGAGUUAUGACGCCGGUUACCAGUUACAGAUCUGGUUACGUGAUUACGGCCAACAGCGGAGACUCCGCGACGCACGGAAACGCGCAGCUCGUGUAAACACGACUUUACAUGGAGGAUCUAGCAGAGGCUACACCCUGCAACUUAGAUGCAGCUGACGAUUCAUAUCUGUUAAUGGUGAGCAGGACAGCCGCUCUCACAGGACAUGGAUAAAGGGUGGUUUAUUGGACAUGAGAGGAUUCCACCUUCAAAGGAGGGGCCGUCCACCUCCUCCAGCAGCGUCUCAAGGCCCUGCAUGACUAUCAACCUGACUGAAAUGCUUCGAGCUGACAAACCUAAUACAGUAAAGAAGCCAAUUCCAAUCCGUCCCCCAAGCCCCAGAGUCUCUCAGCCAAAGGUACCCGAGUUCCACCGCAGUCGGUCCUGUGAACCCAUUCCUAAACCCAUCAUCCGACAGCGCUCACACUCUCUGCCUUCUGCCACACAGAAGAAACAAUGCAGACAUGUCGGCGUACGCUUUGUUGACUCUUUGGGGCUUGACCUGGAGGACAUCAAGAUUUUCAAAUCUGGAGAGGAUCCAUUUGUCCCACAUCAUGUUUCCUUCAGAUUAUUGAUGGGUGCAGAGUUGGCAGAUGGAGAGCAUCUGGAGAUAUCGCUGCCAUACUUAAAGCCAGUUUUUGACCAACAACCUGGCGACCAGCAAGGAUUCCUGCAUCGCCUCUAUACGCAGAAAGUGUGUCUGGAGAGAGUUUUGUGCUUUGAGUUGGGUGUCAUCGGAAUCACUCAGGUCGUGAAUUUGGGUUUUGAGAAAGAUGUUACUGCCCGCUAUUCAUUUACAGAAUGGAAGAGUUGCUCAGAAACUAAGGCCUCCUGGAUGUCCACCAUCACCAAGACUUGGGAAGGAGGACGGGGGGAAUUCAGUUGUGAUACAUUUCGUUUCCACCUGCCUGUUCCUCCUUUCCUGCAGCCAGGGGCAAUGUUACAGUUUGCCAUUCAGUACAAAGUCUGUGGGGCUGAAUACUGGGACAACAAUGAUGAACAGAAUUAUAAGUUAGUUUGCCAUAACUACAAGCUCACUGUGCCCAAAGAGUGCGAGGACAGCAUGGUGCACUUCAUUUAGGAUGCUGACUAAAAUAAAGUUAGAUGAAGUCUUUUUGGAGCACUUUAGGACUAUUGUCAGCAGGACCUAUUAAAUAUGUCUAACUGCUUUCUGACAUAAAUGUUCGUUUCCUUAGAGUAACACAUUUUCUAUUCAAGAUUACUGUCAACUCUGGAAGGAUUUUGUCAGAGAACAACACAAACGCUGAUGCACUUCUACCUGACGCCAACUUCAGUGCCACUUUUUGUUUUCGUUUUUGUGUUUCUUUUUUAAACAACUUGCUAUGAUUUGAUUUUCCUGGCUUUUUAAAUAAAAAAAAGCACUUUAAUGUAGCCACAUCAAAUCGAAAUAUUGCCCACUGAGCAUCACAUGAAUAUUCAGUGAAAUGAAUGCACUUCAGUCCACUGUUGGACCCAGGUGGAUAUGUGACUUAUUUUUGGGUCAAACUUUGUCAAACCAAAUGCCAUAACCAUGCAAUAGAUACAAUUUUAAUGAAUCAGAAAUUAAUGCACAUUUUGUUAAACAAUAAAGCACAA